UAAGGGUUUUACACAACCGUGUCUAUCACAAUUUUCCAGCAUCCAUGAUCUUUUAUUUUUCUUGAAGUGCACACAUGGAUUACCUUGACCUCCCUAUUUUGGCUUCACCGUCAGCACACAGUUCAAAAUGGGCGUAUCUAGCCGUCGAUAUCUAUGAGGACGACUCGCAAAGCAAACAACAUGGCGGCGCCUGAAAACGACGAGCGUGUCAGCAAAUUCGAACUCUCUCUGGAUGUUCCGUUCCCGUCGUCGCGCGAGGCCGCCAUCGCUCUGCGCUCGCUGAAUCCCGACCGCGAGCCCCGACGCGGAGGUAUCCACAAGCGGCUGACCCUCGCCGGAAGCGUCUUGAGCGUCAAGUGGGGCGCUGACGAAGCUCGCAUCCUGCGCGUGUCCGUCAACUCCUUCCUGGAGCACCUGGGCCUCGUCUUAGAGACCAUGCACGCGUUCCCCACCGAGGAUCGGGACCAGUCUCCUCAGAAUCGACCUCGCGCACCUUCAAAUGGCACACCGGAUUUGGCUGGCCCCUGUUGACAAUGUGGCCAAUCAAAUUCUUGAUUUGAAGUAAACAAUGCAGAGGCCCAAAUAGUUUUGUCCCACGGACGACCGCCUCACUAUAAUUUUUUAUUUUUAUUAUGCAGCGAUACCUUGACUUGGAAGUCUCCCCCGGCCCCCCGUUUACAAUCCAUUUAUUAUACAGGACAAAACUGAGAAGACUCAUGGUGUCACAGCUCACACCCAAGCAUUCACGCACAGUGGGAGCAGCCAACCAGUCCUCGUGGCUCCAUUGUAGGAAAAUGAUUGGGACUUUUACAUUUAAUUUCACCUGGAUACAAUUGUCAAUAAUGUGAGAAAUUGUUUAGGAAAUGGAAAACCCGUUGAGAAGCCGACAAAAGUAAUAAAAACUGGGUGAAUAUUAACCCAUGAAAAUCAGACAUUACUUUUGAACGAUGGUUGAACAGAUUAUAUUGUUUUAAAAAGUACCAAAACGGGCUAAAAUUGAUGUGUAUUCUUAACAUUUGCUUGUACAACCUUACGAGGUAAUAAAAAUGAAUGGAUGGGUGGUUGUGAAGUAUUUCAGUACUUCAGACUUGCCAAAACUCCACCAGGUUGGAUACGAAAGAAGGAGAAAAGGAUCUACAGUUUGGCCAGACAAUGAAUGAAGAAAAGGGGAGAGAAGGAAGAAUAGAAGAGCGAAGCGUGAAUGAAUGACCAGGAAGCGGCAAUGAUUAGGAAGGAGGAAGUUACAAAGGCACUGAACAGAAUGGAAAAAUAGAAAGACAGUUGGUCCUGAUGACAUACCAGUGGAGGCAUGGAAGCAAUUUGGAGAGAUGGCUGUGGAGUUUUUG